CAGGAGGCGGCAGAGGUGAUCUCAUCACAUUUAGUGGCGAAACGUCUUCCUUAACUAUGCGCGUCUUCUGCGAAUACCUGGCAUUUAUAGCUGGGGUGUCUGUGGCGUUCAUUCUGUACACCACGGUGUCACUGUUAACGACGACACCGUCACAUGCGAUCUACAGAGUAACACGCUUCCAGCAAGCAAGUCAACUACUACGUAACAUACUGGACAGGACCACCGCAGCUAAUCGUCACGUAGACUCCAGUAACCAUUCUGACAUUGUGGCGAGAGAACUGGCUGAACGAGUGCGUGUUCUGUGCUGGGUAAUGACGUCACCAGAGAAUGUGGAGACGCGAGUGAAGUACGUAGUCAGGACGUGGGCUCGACGCUGCAACAAGCUCGUCAUCAUCAGCUCCAAAGUCAACGACACAUACGGCAUCGUCGCCAUCAACGUGAGCGAAGGUCGAGGUCAGCUGACCCAGAAAACCCUCGGCGGCUUCCACUACGUGUACAAACACCACCUGGACGAUGCUGAUUGGUUCCUGAAGGCGGAUGACGACACCUACGUCAUCAUGGAGAAUCUGAGAUAUUUUUUGUCACAGAAAGACACUAAUGAACCCGUAUAUUUCGGUCACCAUUUUAAUUCAAUCGGAACAUUUGAGUACUCGAGUGGCGGGUCUGGUUUUGUAGUUAGUAAAGAAGCGCUGAAGCGGUACGGCAGGGCCGGGAGUGACCCUAAAGUCUGUCGGCAGACCGGCACUGGCGGGGAUGAGGCGUUCGGUCAGUGUAUGGGCAACCUUGGAGUCAAACUGAAGAAUUCCACAGAUAGAUAUGGCAAGUCGAGAUUCCACUGUCUUGACCCACACGACUAUGUUUCAGGACGAAUCCCGAAAUGGCUGUAUAAAUAUGAUGCGAAUGGCGUGAAAACGGGCGUGGACGGUCUGAGCGACUACGUGAUUUCCUUCCACUAUGUGCGGGGCGCCCAGAUGGACACACUGGAGUAUCUGAUAUACCACGCUAAACUAUACGGCGUGGAAAACGUCCCGCAGGAUCUCAACCAACAUUAAAUACUAUUUGUGAUCGACUGUUUCUAUUUUAUCCGUGUGUGAUUUUUUUUAAAUGGCUCAUUUCACAUGAUUCACUUCAAAAGCAAUAAUAUUUAUUAUUUCCAGCUUUUUAAUGUCAGUAUAUUAUGAUUCCAUGCAUGCAAUGUAGAAUAAAUUUAAAAUAUGUUGCUAAAAAUGAUCAUGAGUGUAACACGUUCGCGUGACAUGGCAACUGAAAAUAUAAUUUCUGAUAAUUGCUGUGUGGAAAUGAUUGUUUGGGGUCGUGGUGUUUUUGUGACAGGUUCUCUUCACACCCGUUACAAAAUGAAUGGAUAUAUUGAAUUUUAAGAUCGACAAACAAGUCUUGAAAAAUCGUGAAAAGUCCUGAAAAAUGAGAAAUGAGAGUUUAUUUCAAUGUUUAAAAAGAAAGUGAUGUUUUUCCAAAGGCAAACUGAUUAUUUUAAAAUUACCUACAUCUCUCCUGCAAAUACUGUGUGGAUAUGAUAUUUGUGUAUACGUUUCUGCAUGUUUAAUGCAUAAAUAAUGUAAGCGACCCUAAAAUGUCAGGAUUGUAACAUGCAUCCUUUGUGUCAUGCAUCAGUACAAAGUCCUAAAAUCAUAUCUGGAGCUGAAUGUUACACCCAUACCAUGGACUAUCCAUAGUGAACAGCUCGGAAGAGUUCUGGUUAUUUAUUAACGUGCAAAACGGAUAUGUUCAUUGACAUUUUACUUCAUUUAAUCAAUGCAAGUUUCCAUAAUAAAUGUCACAUGAAUAUUUAUAGUGAAUGAUAUUCCAUGAAGUUUAAUGUGCUGUACCUUAGAUACGAGUGUAACACUACAUACGUAAUGUUGGUUCAUGUUAUAUUAUGCCUGACAGAAGAAAUUAAAUAAUAUUGUUGUUACAUUUCUUUGAUCUCUGAUUGGAGAAUCUGUAUGGAAUGUAAUUAAGCAUAGCUGCACUGAUCUUGUUUGUUUCCAAUACGAGGAGUGACUUUUUCAUGCAAUUUCUGUUUUUAAAAAUGACCUAAUUUUAAUCUUAAUGUUAUAUGUAAAUUUAGAAUAAAUGUUUUCCAGCAGUGUAAAAAAUA